GCAGGCAGGGCUCAUACCUAGACAUUAAGGAGUUGGAUCAAGGGCCAGGGUAGAGCAGAGCCUGAGGGGAAACCCAGGAGCUCAGGCUGCCCUUCAGCUGCUCCCCUCUCCCCUCCUCGCUCUCUUCAGGAGGACCCCCGGACCCUCACACCUCGAUUCUCUCCCUCCUGACCAUCCCGGGCCUGGAUUGCAGUUUUGUAAGGCUUCUGAGCAGGUGUCGCACUAUCGUUUUUCUAGUUCUGAAGAAGAUCACAAGGCUUGUAAGAGACCCUCAAGGUCCAGGCCCGCAGACCUUCAUACUGCCUAACGUGGAAGGGAGAAGGAAGAGCCAGAGGAGUACCAGCCCAGAGCUCUGAGCUGAGACUACCGAGCUGUCAGCCAGACAGCAGAGAGCUGUGGAGAGAGCAUACCAUGGAUUCAGUCAUGAUGUUACCACAGAUGGUCUGGAAGGCUUUCACGCUUUUCAUAACAAAGGCAAAAUCCAACACUGAUGGCGAGUCCUCCUACAGCAGCCAGAUCGAUUUCUCCAGAGAAGCUGAGGGCAUUAGUAAGGCUGUGGCAGAGGGGAAGUUACUGGACGUGAUAUAUAUAGCCAGAGACGUAAUGCAGAGAAUGUCGAGAUACCGAGUGAAAAUCGCUGUGACCGGGGACUCCGGCAAUGGCAUGUCAUCCUUCAUCAAUGCUAUUAGAGGUGUUGGACACGAGGAGGUGGAUUCAGCUCCCACCGGGGUGGUGAGGACCACUCAAGUACCGGCCUGUUACUUCUCCUCCAGCUUUCCCAACGUGGAGCUGUGGGACCUGCCCGGCACAGGAGCCACGGCCCAGAGCAUCAAGGAAUACAUGGAAGAGAUGCGGUUCCACACCUACGACCUUUUCAUCAUCGUCGCGUCUGAGCAGUUCAGCUUGAAUCACGUGAAGCUGGCCAAAGCUGUGCAGAAGAUGGGGAAGAGGUUCUACAUUGUCUGGACCAAGCUGGACAGGGACCUCAGCACGAGUGCCCUCUCUGAAGCCCAGCUACUGCAGAGCAUCCGAAGGAAUAUCCAGGAGAAUCUCCAGAAGGAGCAGGUGAAGGAGCCGCCCACAUUCCUGCUAUCCAGCUUUAGUCCUUCUUUUCACGACUUCCCAGAGCUUAGACACACUCUGCAGAAAGACCUCGAUGGCAUCAGGUACAGAGAUACCUUAGAGGCCCUCUCUCAGGUCUGUGACGACAGCAUCAGCAGUAAGGAAUUGAUGCUGAAGGAUCGGAUGCCCACCACACACCUGGAGGUGGCUGUUAGCCCUGUGUACGAUUCUGCUGACCUUGAGGAGGCUCUGGAAACCUACCAGAAACUCUUUGGUGUGGAUGAUGGGUCACUUCAGCAGGUGGUCCAGAGUACGGGGACAUGGACCAUGCAGAGCCAGGACUUGCUCAAGAUGGACAGGAGACUGGGACUGAUGACGUCUUUUGUCGUGGUCAUGAUCUUCAGGUUUCUUUCGUCCUCGUGGUGGUUUGGCUUGUGGAACUUUUUCACCCGUGGCUUCAGACACCAGAGAUACAGGCUCAUCCUUGGACUAGUUGCUAAGAACACCAAGGCCUGCCUGAGGAGAGCGCUCAGGGACUAUACCCUCCCUUCUGAAUCCUCUGAGAAGAGUCUGGCUUACCCUCAAGUGAAAUUCAGGCUGCCUCAGGGUCUUCCCUUUGCUUAGGGCUCUAGCUAUCCACUAGAAAGCAGGAACUGUAGGGACACUUUGUAAUAACACUUAAUAUUUUUAGAGGAGGUAGGAAAAUUGCUCACCUUCCUAUGUUCAACUCAAAUACUUUGCUCUUUCAAAGAGCAAGUAUCUGCCGAGGUAAUCAGCCAAGUCCUCUUAGUUCAUGGGUUUUUAUGCUUUCAGUUUUCAUUGUAACACACGUUUAAAUCAAAUGAUUUCCAUCCUAAACCAUUAAAGUUGUCUUCAUUAA